UUAUACCUGCCAGGAAGUCUCUAUGGUUUCCCUGAAAGGCGCGCUGCGGAAGCGCCUGAAACUCGUGCUUCCGGUUGAUAUCUGCGGCUGGAGCAGUGUCAAGGACAAAUACUUGAAUGUGUGAUGGAUCCUGUGAGGGCUCAGCAGCUGGCGGCUGAGUUGGAAGUGGAGAUGAUGGCUGAUAUGUACAACAGAAUGACCAAUGCCUGCCAUCGCAAAUGCGUCCCUCCACACUACAAGGAGGCUGAGCUGUCCAAGGGAGAGUCUGUGUGCCUGGAUCGCUGCGUCUCCAAGUAUUUGGACAUCCAUGAGCGCAUGGGCAAGAAGCUGACGGAGCUCUCAAUGCAGGAUGAGGAGCUGAUGAAGAGGAUGCAGCAGGGGGCUGGGCCAGCGUAACACCAACAAAUACACGCGCACACUUUUGAUAAUGGACAACAUGUGCUUACCACCCCCUUUCCCCUACUUUGUGCCUGGACUGUGUGUUGAUCCCUCCUUCUGCCAAUAAAAUGUUGAACAUUA